AUGCAGAACCGAAACUUCUGGGGUUGCAGUAUGACCACACUCAAAUACGCCGAGGACAGGAUGGAACUUACAAACAACACCGAUUUCAUCGCAAUGAUAGACGAAGGCUACGGGGCAGGCAUCAUGAACUUUACUGAGGAGACUGGAAGCCAAUACGCGGUUGUUGGUCCAACAAUAUCGCCGUCCGAAACAGACUGGCAGGCGACAUCGUACGCCAUUUCGUCCCAGUGUGCGCCUAUACCUGCUACCGCCUGCGAUAUCCAGGUGAACUCAAACCUAACUACUGACCUUGGAAAGUCGAUAGUGCCCUUCAACUGCACCAUCGCUCGCGGCUCGCCGAUCGAUUUCUCAGGGAGCUACAUAGGCAACGCAUUCUCAUACAUGUUUUUUGAUUUCCACAAGCACUUCUUAAGCGAAAGCGGGACAUUUGGUAUGUCAGAAGGGUUGCAGUUUACCCCUAAAGGCCAGACCAGAUCCAUUAUACCAAACGUAACAAAACAAGAGAGUGCUCAGAUGUUCCCAACCACGUGGAGAUGGACCGCAUCCGUUGGUCUGAGUUUGAACGUCAAUUCGGACUUCUUACCAAGAGACAUGAUUGGCAAGGCCUGGCCGUUGGAUCCCACGUAUCCGAGUUACACAAUGGUUGUUGCAUGUAACACAACAGACAGUAUUCUAGUGCAGACAAGAGCCAGGAAGAUUAUGACUAGAGCGCCUGUCGCAGCUGUCUGGCUGCUGGUUUUGGCAAAUCUGUCCUUCGCCGCUCUUGAAAUUGGCCUCGCCGUCAUGGCUUGGAUGGCAGCAGAUCAGGACGUUCAUCAAGUCAGGACGCGGCUUGGUGUUCCCGGAUUAGCGGCUGCUCUCUUCGAGAGGAACUCCGAGAACCGCAUCGUCAAGUCUGACAAGGAGCUGUACCAAGAGAACGAUAAGGAUGGACUGCCGCUGGUUCUUGUUGGAGUUCAGCAUACUGUUACCGGAGGCAUGGCGUGGUCACUUCGCGACAACCAAACUGGCCGUCCAUGUCUGGCGCACGGGGCGAAAAUGUCGACUGCUUACAUCAGUGAUACCACACCUUCGAUAUCAGAAAAGACGACCGGCGCUGAGGAGGUCGCGCGCAUAUCCGACAGCUCUGGUAAUGAGGCUGUGGAACAUCAGCCAAUCUCCAUCGUACCUUCAGAGCCUGUAACUCAAUUUGACGCUGUCAGCCCGAUUGAACAGCCUAAUCACUGGGUAUAA